CAAUCUGAGUCCAUGGCUGGGCCUACUGUACAUGGAAGCCGUGCAAGAUAAGGCUCACUCCAUUCCAUUUCUCUUUCUUUCUCUAUGUGUGUUUUUCUGUGUGUGAGAGAGAAACAGAAAUAUUCUUUUUUGAAGUAGCUAUCAUGUGUGUGUUUUUUCUGUAUGAUAUAUAUGAUUCAAACAAAGGCAAAAAGACGAACAUCUGCCUCACAACUUGCUUCAAAACUCGAGAAAAAUCCAUGGAGUUUCUUUCUUUUUCUGGGUUUUCUUCAUCUUUGAAUAACACUUGAUUUAAUUUACAUCCAUCAUCAUCUUCAUCUCCUCAUCAGUAUUUGCUGAUUACCAGCUCUUUUCUUCCUCAUCAUUGCCUUUGUUGAAUCGUUGUUAUAUAUCUUCUUCAAGAUUCGAUAGAAAUGAUGCCUAGUUAUGGGUUUUGUUCGUCUAUGUAGAACAGCUAUGUUAUUGCCAUAAUCUUCAUCUGUUACCUUCAUCUGUGGUUAUUAGAUUGAACAAAGAAAGAUGUCUGGCCAUGGAUUUCCUUCAUCGUUGAAAAACACUUGAGAUACAGCCAUCGUCGUCCCUUUCCUCCUCAUCAUCAUCCAUAUAUAUGUUCAUGUUCAUCUGUAUUUAUCAGUGAAAAGCUCCCUUGUUGUCAUCACUUACAUCGUCUUGUGUUGUUUUCAAUUAAAGAUUCAACAAAAAUGAUGUCUGGUGAUGGGUUCUCAUCACCACCUUCUUCUCUCAGCUCCUUCAUCCACGACCCCAUCCCAAACCCUAACCCUAACCCUAACCCUAAUUCAUCCGUUUCAGGUAAACGAAAGCGUAAUCAGGCUGGUAAUCCAGAUCCAGAUGCCGAAGUGAUAGCGUUAUCCCCGACAUCUCUAAUGGCUACAAACCGAUUCGUGUGCGAGAUAUGCAGUAAGGGUUUUCAAAGAGACCAGAAUUUGCAGCUUCAUAGAAGAGGACACAACCUUCCGUGGAAGCUUAAGCAAAGAAACAAAAACGAAGUCAUAAAGAAGAAAGUUUACAUAUGCCCGGAAAAAAGCUGUGUUCAUCAUGACCCUUCUCGAGCUCUUGGAGAUCUCACCGGAGUUAAGAAGCAUUUCAGCCGGAAACAUGGAGAAAAGAAGUGGAAGUGCGAAAAGUGUUCCAAAAAGUACGCAGUCCAAUCCGAUUGGAAAGCUCAUAGUAAGAUUUGUGGUACCAGAGAGUACAAGUGUGACUGUGGAACCCUCUUUUCCAGGAAAGAUAGCUUCAUUACACAUAGAGCAUUUUGUGAUGCGUUAAUGGAAGAAAAUUCGAGGAUGACAUCACUCACGGUGCUCCCAAGCAUGCCACAUCUGAGCUUUCGGAACGAUCUGAUGAUUAUGAACGGUGGUGGACCUGGUGGUGGUAGUGGUGGCGCCGGUAAUACACAGUUUCAAGGUGUUUUUGGUGGCGGCUUAGAGAGUCCUCUGGAUGUCAAUGGAUCCAAACAAAGAUUGCCGAUCUGGUUAGACCACAAUGCCAACAAUCCCCACCUCGAAAACACUAAUAGUUCUACUUUCUUGGGUUCCUCAAGCUCCAACUACAACAAUGGAGGAAUGCUACAACCGGAGAUGGUGAACUGGUUGAGUAGAUAUAAUGGAUUACCACAAGGGUUAUCUUUAAAAGAAGAAGAAGAGUCCCAAAAGGAGAUGCAGUUGAACUCGAUGUUUAAUUACGGUGGUUCCAACACUCAAAACAAUCUCAUGUGUUCAUCUCUGCCGCCACCACCACCACCACCGGUAGCUAAUAUGUCAGCCACCGCUCUUCUACAGAAAGCAGCUCAAAUGGGGUCAACAAGAAGCACAAACCCUGGAGUUUCUGGUGGAAAGGAUACCGGAUUUGGCCUCAUGAGUACAGCUCUCUCAAGCUUAUCAAGCCCUCGCAAUGGUGAACGAUUGAUGAUGAUGACGACAGCUCCGGCAGACGGGUCAAGGCAAAGCAAAGCAACCGGUGGCAAUGAAUUUGGCGACGGUGACUUAACUAGGGAUUUCCUCGGUGUCGCAAGAAAUGAAAGGAAUGUCUCGUUUAGUUUACAACAAGAGCUAAGCAAGUUUGCUUCUUCAACAAUGGCGUUUGACCAGUUCAACCGAAACCAUGAAUAAGAGAAUCGGAACGUUGUCACUUGUCACAGCAUGGACUACGUAAUUUAAGCGACGCUUUUAGCAUCAGGGAUUGUCUUUAGUGACACUUUUAUGGGCUUUUAGCUAUGCCUUGUUGGACAAUUUACUUUAGUGAUGGAUUCUGUUACAAAUUGCCACAGUGCAUUUCAACAACGUUAAUUAAGUUACGUUGCAAAGUUUACUUUAAUGACGGAAACUACAUUUUUGUUUACUUUUUAGAUGCUAGAUUUAUUGCUUCUAAGUGUUAAUUAAAUAUCUAAAAUAUUUAAAUGUCCUUAAAUUUAAGAAUGUCGCUCCAAACAAGAUUUCUUAAUUUUUGCUGUAAUUUUUGG